AUGGCCCAAGCAAGCACCAAGGUCCAGACGCUCAUUGACGAGAACCCCGUCGUCGUCUUCUCCAAGUCCUACUGCCCGUACUGCCGCGCCACCAAGGAAACCCUCAGAAAGCUCGGCGCCGAGUUCAAGGCUCUCGAGCUCGACCAGAUCACCGACGGCGCCGCCUUGCAAGAUGCCCUCGAGGACAUCACCGGCCAGCGCACCGUUCCCAACGUCCACAUCAGGCAGAAGCACAUUGGCGGCAACUCUGACGUCCAGAGCCUCAACAACUCCGGCAAGCUGGAGGGUUUGUUGAAGGACUCUGGUGCGCUCAAGGCGUAA